AUGCCAUUUAACAUCCUCUCGGUGGCUUUUCAUGCCUCCUUUACUGCCAUCUCUACCGGCGUAAUACACUAUCUCGGCAAGAAGCCUGCCCAGACGGAGCCUACCGCGCAUUUCUCGUACCAUAGCGGCCUUGAGGUUGUUCGGCGGUUCCUCGAGCAUGCGGCACGCCAUACAGUCGAGGAACUGCAGGCAUUUACCGGUCAAAAAGUUCCUACGCCGUAUUGGGUGGCAACUGGAAGCAUCAUAAUUCCUGCAGAAUGUAUAGAGUCAGCGUCCCACAUUCUCGUUGCACAAUUAGGACCGGAAGGCGUAUCCCUCGUUGGCGGGAGCAAGUGGUGGCAGUGGAGGGACACCGAGGCUGCCCUUGUUGCAGAAUGGCUUGAAACGAGAAAAGAUUAUAACGAUAGACGCGCGCGGAACGCCAAAUCAAACCGUAUUAUUCUAUACAUCCACGGCGGUGCAUAUUUUUUUGGUAGUGUGGAUACACAUAGGUAUCAAUUGCAGCGACAUGCCCGAAAAUUAAAGGCUCGUGUAUUUGCUCGUAAGUUUUCUACUCUUCUACCACCUGAUAUUAACCAUUCUCGCUUUCGAUUAGCUCCACAAUUCCCCUUCCCAUGUGGGCUACAUGACUGCCUUGCAGCUUAUCUCUACCUAAUAUCUAUUCAAAAGCCGGAGGAGAUUAUAUUAGCCGGGGACUCCUCCGGCGGUGGAAUGGUGGUGUCGAUGCUGGUCACGCUCCGCGACCAAAAUUUACCAUUACCUGCUGGAGCUGUUUUGAUAUCUCCAUGGGUUGACCUAACGCACUCUUUCCCAAGUGUUGCCGGCACUGGGGUAGAUGAUUAUAUUCCAAUUUGUGGUUUUAUGCACCGACCAUCUGCGGCAUGGCCUCCCCCUAACCCAGAAGAAUAUAGGAUAGAGUCAACAACUGGCGAAAUGAUUCUUAAUAAAAUCAAUUCACCUCCUAUUAUGGAUAACACAUCAGCUGUCGAUGCCAAAGCUAUCGAAGAAUUCUAUACCCGUCAGGCUCAGUCGGCCCAUGCUGAUGAUUAUACAACCUCCGAGCGUUUGGGACGAAACACACAAACGCAUGGCGAAUAUCUCCGGGUUGAAAUAGAAGGCGCAGCCGUCGAAAUCAAAGAACAAAUACAUUUGUAUACGACAAACAAGCUUAUAUCACACCCACUAGUAUCUCCAGCUCUUCAACCGUCGUUGGGAGGCCUGCCGCCUCUACUUGUUAUCUCUGGUGGAGGAGAGCUUCUUCGAGAUGAGCAGAUAUACCUUGCGCAUAAGGCGGCAAACCCAGAAGCAUAUCUCCCUAGCGAUGAUAUCCUCAACAAAUAUGACCCGGAUCGUGAAAUACUUUCCCGAUAUAAGCCUACUUAUGUACAGCUUCAGGUCUGGAACAGCCUUUGCCAUGUUGCACCGACUCUAAGCUUCACACGACCCGCAAAACAUAUGUAUAGAUCCGUUGCUCAGUUUUCCGCCUGGGCCCUAUCAAGAGCACAGGAGUCAAGUAUAGAUAUACCACACUCAUCCCCUGCUUCAUCUGGUGAGCUAUUAUCAAGUUUUGAGGAAAAGGAAUCGUCAAAGAAACCAAGGGCUAAACUGGAACCGGCCCAAUCCGCGACCAUUGGAAAGGCUGGAGAUCCGAUACCUCCGUUCCAGAACCAUAUGAUCCGGCAGAUGGUUGACUCAAUGGGCAAUCUCCUCCCACUCCCUGACGAACAUGAGCUUCCAGCUCUUCAAGUCCCGCGCAACCACAUUGGGGUACCGAAACCCACUCCGGUCCGCCGCUGGCUUGCCGCCAAGGAAGAAUGGGACCUUAAGUUUAAGAAAGAAAAAAAUAGGUUACAAAAAGAGAGACUCAAACGAGUAUCAUUGGGGAUUGAUGAUAUAGCACCUGGAGAUUGCCCUCCGCCUAGCUCGCAGGCUGCGCGACGAGGAGUCACCGUUAGUGAAGUGCGGCAGCCAACGAAGAAAAGUGCUAUGCUCGCCCUCUGGAACGCACUUGGUGCUGUCCACGAUACCAAAGCUGUGCAAAAGGACAAGAAAACCAAUGUUGAACAUCAGUUCCCUACUCUGUGGCGAGGAGUUGUUCAGGACGAGCAGCAGGGUACCGCCAAUGUUGCACGCCCAAGCCGCACUACUGAGGUUGUUGCAGAUAUUGGUCAAUCUAACGAGUCCCAACGGGAACUUACUACUAAAUCUAGUAGGGCUACGCCAGAAGCCUCCGUGCCACAGAUUUGGAGAUCCCCUAGCAGCGAAGAGUUUGAGAGAGCACGAUCUACACCGCGAGGCAGUAGCGUAUCGAGGAUGACAGUUGGUGAUGAAAGGGGGGAUCUAGGGGAUGGAUCUGUUGCCGAGCCACCAUCCGACAAAGCCAGUAUACGGACAAUUCGACAUUCAAAGGGAGUAAUCAGUCCUCUACCAGCUUCGGCCGAUCCUCUGUCCGACUAUGAAUCUGUGCUGCAACCGGGGCCGUAUAGCGGUGACAAUCAAAAAACUGCUGGUGAAUCAGAGCAGAAGAAUGAAUCUACAUUCGAACAGUCAGAUGUAGUCCUCCAUUCUUUACCCACUAGCACCUCAAAUCGCCUGAAUAAAGAAAGUCUGCCGUGGUUUGACUUUGAAUUGACAACAGAUAGCAGUCCACAGUCGGAACUAGAACCAUUUGCUUCCUUGCCGGCCGGAAGCGGUGGAGAUGCUCUAGAUAAUCGAAGCGGAUAUUCCAGUAACUACAGUCAAAAGCCGUCCUCCGCUCAAGGCAUAUAUUGA